AUGGCGGAAGACCUCGACGUCCCCAUCGCCAUGCGCCGCACUCCCAGGCGCAGCGCUGGCAACGCAUCAUUGAUCCGCACGACGAGCAAUGGAAGCUCUGUUUCCUCAGCGCACAUGAUGAACAUAUCCAGAACCCCUAGCAAGCCGAAGACCAAGAAGCGCGUCAGGUUCUCGGACCCGGGGCCGGAAAUCAGUCGAAACUCUCCAUCGUCGUCGACCGGCCUCACCCCCAUGGUGCGCCGCUCGUCGCUUCUGGGAACCACACCAUCGCCCAAGCGAAGGAGGCACUCUGCGCCCUUUAGGACGCGCGUCGAUGACGAGGUCGACGAGCUCGCAGGCACGGGAGACACGCCCAACGUGAUCCGCUUUCUGCCACUGCGACAGGUCCUUGACGAUCGGGUCAAGCGCAGGAUCAAGCGCAACGGUCUGAGCGAGGAGAUGAACGUAAUUGACGAGGAGAAAAAGCAGCGUGCCGACGCUCAGAGGCAGGAGAUACAGCGCCUGCGGCACGAGCUGGCCGAGAAGGACGCUGAGAUCGACAGGCUGAGAGACGCAACCAUGGUCCAGGACGGCGAACGCCUCAUCGAGCUCGAACAGCAGGUUGAGCAGCUCAGAGGCGAGCUGGACAGCAAGACUGACCCCGCAGACCAGAGCCGCUACGAUUGGACGAUGGCCGCCCGGGAUCCUUUCUCAGACAGCUACAUGGACGAUGAGGGUUUCGGCGACACAACCAUGGGCGAUCUAGUUUGUAGUACGCCGUCCAGGGCAAGGACAUCUUUCCUCACACCCCCCUGCACAAGCCCCUUGGCACCAGCGACUCCAACGUCUAUGCGACGGAUGCCGUCCACGCCAUCGUCCCAUGCUGCCGUGCAGACUUGUCUGCCGGAUCCUGAGAAGGAAGCCCUCGAGGCCGAGUUGGGAUCUCUACGUCUCGAGCUCACGAAGAUGGGGGACACGCUCGAGAACUGCGAGGCUCUCAAAGCCAGAAUCCAACAGAAGAUCUGCUCAGUACAGACCAGUUCGUCACAGGAAGAGCUCGACCUGGAGGCCAAGCUCGAGAUGGUGGUCCAGAGCCUGUCUGACAGAACUGCGGCUCUGCUCGAUCUCAACGCGUCACUCAGCGCCUUGGGCUUCCGCGGAGAUGAUGCCAGUGAGAUCGUAUCCUCGCUUGCCGCCGCCUUCCGCUCUGCUCGGUUAGAGCUCGAGUAUCUCACACCUGGAGAGAUUGCACUGCCGCUAUCUUCGCAUGGUGCCGAGGUUCUAGAUCUCGUCCUGACACGACUACGCGAUCUGGCUCGGAAGGCGAAGGAGGACGAGGAGGAAAUCGAUGAAUACCACGCACUAGAACUGUCACUGCGACAGCAACUCGGGGCGCGUGUGGAGGCUAUGGAUGGCAUGAAGCGUGAGCUAGGCAAGAACGCCUCCCGCCUCAAGGAGAAGGACGAGCAAAUCUCCGAUUUGGAGGUCGGCAUGGACCGUCUGAAGGGCGCCAUCGAGGGCUACCGGCGGGAUAUUUCCGAGCUGGAGAAUCUGGUGCAGAGGGUGGAAGAUGACGGCCGCGAGACCGAGGCCAGCCUCCGCACCCAGGUCGUCGCCGGUAAGGCUGAGGCCAAGAAGAAGGAUGACAGUAUUGCGCAGCUGGAAGUAAAACUGGUCUCCGUGUUAUCAGACACCGCCGAGCUCCGGAUCCAACUUGCAGACGUUCAGGCCAAAAGAAUAGCCAGCGUCACCGCGCUCAACAAAUCGCACGGCUCAGCCCUGGCUCUAAGAGAUGCCCGGGUCACCGAGCUGCGGGGAGAGAUCGACAGCAUCAAUGAGUCGCUGCGCAAUGCACAUGAAACCAUUCGCCAGCUGCGCGUCGAAAAUCUGGGCCUACGGAGCGACAUGGACGACGAAAGGAAGAAGGCCAAGGAGGCCAUUGACUCGAUGAAAGCAGAGCUGGAACGCGUGCUGAAGAUGAGUGAAGGCAUCCUGGCAACGCCACAAAAGAGCAGCGCGGUCGGUCAACGGCGUAGCUCUCGCAAACAGAAAGCAGCGCCUGAAGACACACCGGAGUCAGGCAAAGGAAAGGCCUGA